UUUGGCAUUUCGAUGACUGGUGUGCCAUACAUUCCUAUCAAUAGCAGCGCUUUGCGAGAGGUUUUUGAAGAAAGAUCAACGAGCGAAGGCGCCCAAAAUAAUUCAGAUCUGGAGAAGCUGAUGAAUGCAGCUUCAUGUGCUGACGAUUGGGACCAAGACCAAGCAACUGAUAAUAUCGAUGAUACCAUAGCAAAAGUAAAGCAAGCUCUUUUUGGAAGUCGAGUGGGAACCACCGACACCACCGCCUAG